CGCUGCCAUUCCGAUCUUUAUCCAAACUUUUUCAUUCCCCGUCCCGAACUCUAGCGGACAACAGCCCUACACGGCCAACAGCCAAGAUGAUGCCCAAUCCCCACGUCUAUGGCCACCACCAAUACCCCCAGGCCGCCGAGACUGCCUGGAUGCAUCAGCAGACGUCGCAUCAGCAUCACACCCAAGCCGCGGCCGCAGCGGCCAGUGUCGCCCAGCAGCAGCACUACAACCGCAUUGCCAGCGCGCACAACGCCGCUGGAGUCUUGACUCAGGCCCAUGCCGCGGACAACACCCUCGAGUCGACCGUGUCCGAGGACAACCGCCGAACACUGCAGUACAUCGCCGACCUGCUAAACGAGAACACGCGCGAGGGCGCGCUCUUGGAGCUCAGCAAGAAGCGGGAGCAGGUUCCCGAGCUCGCCCUGAUCCUGUGGCACUCGUUUGGUGUCAUGACGUCGCUGUUGCAUGAGAUCAUCAGCGUCUAUAACCUCUUGAGCCCGUCGCAGCUCACCGCGGCUGCCUCCAACAGAGUCUGCAAUGCGCUAGCCCUUCUUCAGUGUGUCGCGUCGCACAACGAGACGCGCACCCUCUUCCUGACUGCGCACAUUCCGCUUUAUUUAUACCCUUUUCUCAACACGACGUCCAAGUCGCGGCCGUUUGAGUACCUCCGGCUGACAUCCCUCGGCGUAAUCGGCGCCUUGGUCAAGAACGACUCGUCCGAGGUGAUCAACUUUCUUCUGACCACCGAGAUCAUUCCGCUCUGCCUUCGCAUCAUGGAGACCGGCUCCGAGCUCAGCAAAACGGUCGCCAUCUUCAUUGUCCAAAAGAUCCUCCUCGACGACAACGGUCUGAACUACAUCUGCGCCACCUACGAGCGCUUCUAUGCUGUGGGUACGGUUCUCAGCAAUAUGGUUGCUCAGCUGGUGGAGCAACAGACCGCGAGGCUGCUGAAGCACGUAGUUAGGUGCUUUUUGAGGCUUAGCGAUAACGCCCGCGCGCGCGAGGCUCUCCGGCAGUGCCUUCCCCAGCCGCUCCGCGAUCAGACGUUCUCGGCCGUUCUGCGCGACGACGCCGCCACCAAACGCUGCCUAGCCCAGCUGUUGAUCAACCUGUCGGACAACACGAUGGAGCCCACCGUUGGUCAGCUUGGACUCUAGGGCAUCAGACCAAGGAGGCUACGGCGGAAGUCCGCUCUCGCGGAUUCACCACCCCACAGUCCGGGAUUCAACCGCUGCCUGGCCGAUCGCCUUCGGUAGCAGGCGCAAGUUCCCGGUUUCACUAGGGGAUAGCAGCUACCAUGG